UUUUUAUUUAAUUUACUUAUAUGAGAUGAUUAUCAAAAGUCAAUUAGGAAACAACCCAAUCUUGAUGAUACUGGAGGGGGUAAUGUUAGGGGUUAGAUCAGUCUUUACCAGUGCGGUUCAGUUGAUACCAAUGGGUGUUAAGACUAUUCAAAGAGACCUAAUCAUCACAAAAUUACUGAACAUACCACCAUGGAUAUUUAUUUUCUGCAUACAUACUACGAUAUCGUUGACGAUGCUCGUCUCUUUACUAAGCUCUCCGAUAUACAUAGUGAUCUCAAAAGUUAACUUUUUGGACAAUAAAUUCUUAAUGCAAGGCUACAGAAACGUGGCAUAUUUUUUCAGUUUAUGGGUAGUGGGUGCUGAAGUCAUUUGCUUUGGAACAUACACAGCUAUAGAUUUAAUUAGAAUCUAUGGAAAACAGUCGCUAAAGGCUCAGAAAAUUAAAAAUACUUUGAAGAAUGUAGCAAGUCAUAUGCUUUUCUCUCUUGUCUUCCCAUUGUCAGUGGUUGUUAUGAUCUUGUUUUGGGGAUUUUACUUUUGGAAUAGGGAACUCAUUUACCCGAAAAUAAUGGAUGAUGUUUUCCCUACAUUUUUGAAUCAUAUGAUGCAUACGUUUCCAGUACUUGUUUCUAUGCUCUAUAUGUUUACUGAUAUCAUAACUGAACCGCCGAAAUUGAAGACUUUCACAUCGCUAACAGUGUUCAUGGUUGUUUAUUCACUAGUAUUUUUCGCAGUCCGUAAAUUCAAAGGAGAAUGGGUUUAUCCCGUAUUUGAUUCAUUGAGUACAUUCCAUACCACAUGGGUAUUAACCUGCACGUUUAUAGGUCCAUUUAUUUGUUUUUUCCUGGGAUAUUAUGUACACGAAAGAAUAAAAGAUAUAAGAUCGUAUUUUGGAAGAAAAUUAAACCAAAUUAAGGAAGCACGCAUGGUGAAACUCAAAGAAUCUUAGACUGACUGAAUUAACGCAGAAGAAUUAGAUCCGUCAGUUAAUUAAAUUAAUUGUCUGACAAUAAUUUCUGUCUGUUGCAGAAAGCUAAUGUGAUAGUAAUAAAUUUAAAUUUGUAUUUAGAUUACUCGUAUUUUCAUUUGUGAUAUAUAUAAUUCUCUAAUUAUUAUAAAAAAGUAACUUAUAAAUAGUUUACGUAUUUAUUAUUCUUGUAAAGUAUGUAAUUAAAAACAGUACAAACUAAAUUAAUAUCGGAAAAGCAGAGAUAUAUCAGAAUAUAAUUUAUAAAUAUUUUUUAAAUAAAAUAAAUUGUCAAACUCCUGAGUUAUUA